AUGGCGGAUGACGAGGAUGCCUCUGCCGCGGAAGACAAGAGCACCGCCGACUCCUCCGCCGUGAGCACCGCCGACGCCGGCAAGCCCGGUGCAGGCGGCGGUGGAAGGACGCUGGUGACGCUCUUGCUGGUCUUCAUGUUCCUGGCGCUAGUGGGCGGCGCCGCCGUCUAUGCCUUCGUUCUCAGCGGGGGUGGCGACGAGUCGCCGGCCAAUGGGACGGCCAAUGCAACCACCGGGGGAGGAGCCGCAGGUGGAGGACCGUCGGUGGACGCGGUCUCUACAGAGGCGACCGCUGAUGAGCAGACCGAGAAGCCUAAGCAGCCAGCCGUGGGUCCGGCGGAUCCAGCCCAAGUUCCGCCGCCGCCACCACCAAACCAAGUUCCGCCGCUGAAUCCAGCCCAAGUUCCGCCGCCUGUUCCACCCAAUGUUCCGCCGCCUGUUCCACCCAAUGUUCCGCUGCCUGAUCCAGCCCAUGUUCCGCCUGAUCCAGCCAAUGUUCCGCCUGAUCCAGCCAAUGUUCCGCCGGCUUCACCCGGCGGUCCUAUCCUACUUCAGCAGCGCAAUCAACCCGUCCAGCCUGAAGAUUCCCUUAUAGAAGAGCGACAGAAUGAGACUGAACCAGCAAAGGCUAGCAUGGUCGAGUCGAGCGAAGGACGCGAGAAGGCGGGUGACAACAGCACAGCGGACCACGAAGGCAGCACGUCGCGAAGCACGGCCCCCGCUCAAUAA